AUGGGCGAAUCAAGGCAAGAACUGCUGGCAUGGCUGAACAACCUUCUACAACUCAACGUUACGAAAGUUGAACAGUGCGGCACCGGGGCGGCAUUAUGUCAGAUUUUCGACAGCAUCUUUCUCGACGUCCCCAUGUCGCGAGUCAAGUUCAACGUCAACACCGAAUACGCCUACCUCCAGAACUUCAAGAUCCUCCAAACGACUUUCACGAAGCACCAAAUCGACCGCUCCGUCCCCGUCGAAGCCCUCAUAAAAUGCAAAAUGCAAGACAACCUCGAGUUCCUCCAGUUCACCAAGCGCUACUGGGACCAGUACUUCCCCGGCGGGGACUAUGACGCUCUAGCCCGGCGAAAAGCUUCCGGAGGCGCACCCGCACCCGCACCCGCCAGCGCGCCUACACCUCGCGCCGCAGCUCCAGCAGCACGACGGAGCGUCCCCGCCAGCAACACCGCGGCCCCGCGAACACGCACACCGCAAGCCGCCCCCGCGACGGCGGCGCUGAAGCAGGAGGUCACGACGCUGAAGGAGAUGGUGGUGGGGCUAGAGCGGGAGCGGGACUUCUACUUCGCGAAGCUGAGGGAUAUUGAGGUCUUGAUCCAAGGCGCGCUGGAUGCGGAGGAGGAGUAUGACAAGAAGGCUGUGGAUCUGUUCAAGUCGAUACAGGCGAUUCUGUACUCGACCGAGGAGGGCUUCGAGAUCCCAGCGGAGGCGGAGGAAGGGCUGGAGCCGGAGCUUGAGGAGGAGACUUUCUAG